GGACCACACUUGCACUAAACUUAUGCCAAACUUCAGAGUGAGAAAUUUCUGAUGUAUCACGCCGAUGCCUGACAGUUUUGUUUGGUUCUAUUGAAACAAAUUCCAUUUCUUUGCCCUUUUUUUACGUUAAAUAAUUCACAAAAACUAUUAGUAUAUAAAAAUGUUCCGAAAUCAGUACGACAGUGACGUUACGGUAUGGAGUCCUCAGGGACGAUUGCACCAGGUGGAAUAUGCAAUGGAAGCUGUAAAAUUAGGUUCCGCUACUGUUGGUUUAAAAAAUAAAACACACGCAGUACUUAUUGCACUUAAAAGAGCAUCGUCCGAACUUUCUGCUCAUCAAAAGAAAAUAAUUCCCAUUGAUAAACAUAUGGGAAUCACAAUUGCUGGACUUACUGCCGACGCAAGAAUGUUAAGCCGAUAUAUGAGGACGGAAUGUUUGAAUUAUAAAUAUUCACACGACGAUAUGUUGCCCGUGAGUCGUUUAAUUACAGCGCUUGGAAAUAAAAUGCAAACUUGCACUCAACGAUACGAUCGAAGACCCUACGGUGUUGGUCUUCUUGUCGCCGGAUACGAUGAUCAAGGUCCACAUAUUUAUCAAACGUGUCCGUCGGCAAAUUAUUUUGAUUGCAAAGCAAUGGCUGUUGGUUCACGUUCACAAAGUGCUCGAACAUAUUUAGAAAAGCAUCUCAAUGAAUUUUUAACCAGCGAUCGUGAUGAACUUGUGAAACAUGGAUUACGAGCAUUGCGCGAUACACUGCCCAAUGAAGUCGAUUUAUCCGUGAAGAAUGUUUCAAUUGCAAUAGUCGGGAAAGGAACGGAUUUCACGAUUUUGGACGAGGCUGCAACGUCGGUCUAUCUUUCCGAGAUUGAAGGCGACGAAAAUAGAGGAAGACCAACUGAACCGGAAGUAGCCGACGAUAAUAAACCACCGCAGGAUCCACCUGCCGAUCAGGGUCCACAGGAUCCACGAGUUUCCGUCGCCAUGGAUACCGAAUAAACGGUUACAUAUUUAUAUCACAAAAAAAAAAAUUGUCUUUUUCAUUAUUAUUAAUAAUAAAAAAAAAAUAAUGUCUA